AUUAAUCCAAUUCUAAUGCCGGCAAAAAAGAUAAUUUCUUUCUAUACAACUCAAAGUUUAAAACAAGGAUCAGCUUGUCAUCAUAACAAUUUUUUUAUCCUUGAUAAUCCUAUCUUACCUUUACUUUUAAUAGAUUUUAUCUUUCAAAAGAUAGAGCCAGAUUAAAUUACGGAGUAUAAAUCCAACAAAAAAAAAGUAUUCCUAAGUGGGACCUAUAUAUUCUUUUAAACCUCCCAAUUCUAUAUCUCAAAUAAACCUUUAACACCAUAAAAGCAAAAAUAUAAAAUUCUUUAAGGUCAAUUCUUCAAACUUGAAGCCUCAAAAUGGCUAAAAACUCUAAUUUCAUUAUUUUGUGUUUAACUCUGUUUUCUUUGAGUUUAAUUAGUUCAAUUACAGCAACAAAUCCUGAAGUUUCUCAUAUUUUAAACCACCAACAUCGAAAAAAUCACUCAAAAAGUAAGCCUGAAAUUGGGGUUUAUGAGUUGAAGAAGGGAAAUAUCUCUAUUAAGGUCACUAAUUAUGGUGCUACUAUUAUGUCCGUCAUUCUUCCUGACAAAAAUGGGAAGCUGGCUGAUGUGGUUCUCGGUUAUGACUCGCCAAAGGACUAUGUGAAUGACACAACAUACUUUGGUGCUCUUGUUGGGCGAGUUGCUAACAGAAUCGGUGGUGCAAAAUACACUUACGAAGGGGUGACUUAUAAACUUGUUCCAAAUGAGGGAAAAAACAUUCUUCAUGGUGGCCCAAAAGGAUUCAGUACGGUUACCUGGGAGGUAGAUCAGUACUACCCGAAAGCUCCUUCUCCAUAUAUUAGGUUCAGUUACUUCAGUAAAGAUGGAGAAGAAGGUUUCCCAGGUAAUCUUAAGGUAAAAGUGGCAUACAAGAUAGUUGAUGAAAACCAUCUGUCUUUCACGAUGACAGCAAAAGCUUUGGACAAGGCAACUCCAGUUAAUCUAGCCCAACAUACAUAUUGGAACCUUGGAGGCCACAACAGCGGCAACAUUCUAGCAAAUGAUGUUCAAAUCUUUGGUUCCCAAAUCACUCCUGUUAACGAUCAACUCAUCCCAACUGGCAAGCUCGAGAAAGUUCAGGGAACACCAUACGAUUUCCUCAAAUCCCAUGCUGUAGGAAGCAAGAUUAACGAGCUUCCAAAAGGAUAUGACAUAAAUUACGCGCUUGACAUUUCUAAUAAAACAGGUCCUAUGAAUCGAGUUGCUAUCGUUAAAGACAAGAAGUCAGGGAGGGUGAUGGAGUUGUGGGCAAACAAGCCUGGAGUACAGUUCUAUACCGGUAACUUGUUGAAGCACGAGAAAGGUAAAGGAGGAGCCGUAUAUGGACCUCAUGCUGGUUUGGCUUUGGAGACUCAGGCUUUCCCUGAUGCAGUCAAUCACCCGAAUUUCCCAUCAGUGAUGGUUUCCCCUUGUGAACAUUACAAGCAUCACAUGUUGUACAAGUUUUCAACCACCAGUUAAUAAUCAGUUUAUGGAGAGAUGGAUCGAGAAUUUGUGUCUUACGGCAUUUAACUGUUUUUUAAAAUUGUGAAUUCCUAAGCUUGGUUGCUUAAUGUUCAUUUUGAUAGGCCAUUCUAUUCUCCCUGUUCUUUCUUGUGUGUAUACCAAGGGUAAACAGUUUCAAUAAAAUUGUUUUCUAAUAAAUUUCUUCCCCCUUUAA